GACCAACUCGCGUGUUUCGUGAAGGACCGCGUGAGACUCGAUUAACUGCCUUGCGAAAAAACUUCGUGUGUUUUUAAGAAAUCGACAAUGCUUGUCUGUUUAUAAUCUUAGGAGAUUUACUGUGUGAUUUUUCUAAAUAUGUCAUGUUUUAGAGGUGAUCUCAACUUUUGUCCUGAGUGUGGAAACAUUCUUCCAGUCCCUGGUUUGCAAGAUGCUAUUACUUGUCCUCGCUGUUCUUUCAACAUCCCAGUACGAGAAUUCUUAGGUCAAGUCAUUAAGUCAUCAGUGACGUUUAAUCCUUUGGAUCAGAGCUCCAGCACUGUAGAGAGUGAAGAGGAUGCAGAACUGAAAGGACCUGUGAUUGACAGGAAGUGCUCACGCUGUAAUAAAGAGGGAAUGGUGUAUCACACAAGACAGAUGAGAUCUGCUGAUGAAGGACAGACUGUGUUCUUCACCUGUAUACAUUGCAGGUACCAAGAAAAGGAGGACUCCUAAGACAACUGUCAUCCUCUUUCCAGUUGUGAUUUACAGUUCAGUUAGAUACAUUGCUUGACAUUCAUGAUUAAAGUUUGUGGCUGUUACAAUUUUGCAAUGUACAUUGUAAUUUUAUAAAAAAAUAAAGUAUUAAUGUAUCAAAAAAUGAA